GCCGUGUUAGUGCAAUGAGUUCGAAGAAAGAUAUCCGUUUUAUGAAAAUUCCCUACACUAUUGGCAGCUAUCUGGCUGUGACCCCGGACUACAAUUUUGAAAAAAAAGUCAUAAAGCGGCCCAGAGUUCACCAAAUUUACGCAUUUUUGCUCGCGUGUGCUAUAUCUGUAUUAAGUGGGAUAACAGUUGUGGAUAAUGCUACACUCAGUAUGAAACAACAAGUACCGACUGUUUUCAUCCUCGAUUUAAUAAAUUUCUUUUUUCUAUUUCUGCACCCGAUCGUGAUGAUUACAAAUUCUUCCCUUCUCAGUGUUUCAUUCUGGGCAAAGAUUAACAAAAAUUUUCAAUUUAUCGACGAGCAUUUCAACAACGUCCACAAGAAAGAACCCAAUUUUUUCAAAAAUUGUUACGUCCAGUUUGCCCUGUGCUUGGGUGGCUAUUUACUUGAUAAUUUAGUCGUUACAAUUAGUUCUUUAAAUUUGUUUCCGGAACUCGCUCUCACGAAAAUACAUAUUUUAAGCCAAAUUUUUUACACGUAUGAGUUUUUCACGUGUUUUUUGAUUUGUAAUUUAACAACGGCUUUCAAAUGCCGGUUUGAUGAAAUUAGCAGAGAGUUACAAAACCAUAUGAAACCGUCGACAACUUUUAUCAGACAAAACGGUCAUUUUUGGCGAAUUCUCUCCGAGAGUGCCGUGUGUUUUAAUCAAAUUUUCGGAUGGCCUUUGAUUUUUCUCAUCGGGAGAGGAGUGGCACAACUGCUGCAGAGUCUCCACUUAACAAUGCUGGCCCUAAAUUCGGAUCUCACUUUAAAGAAAGGGAUUUAUGGCGAUUUGGUGGUCGCUAAUUUGUUUAUUGUUGCUUAUUUGACGGUACGUAUAAAACUAAAGUUAGGUUUGGCUAACUAUUUCUUAGGUUUGCUUGGUUUUUGUUAUUUUGACGUGCGAUUCUGCGGCUUCUUCUGGUAACGAAAUAUCGAAUUUGUGCUACAAGUUGCAAAAGGACUUCGCUGAUAGUUCGAGUGAGAGGAGAGAAUUGAUUUUGCUGGCGAAGGAGAUUUCGGAUAAUCCUAUCAAAUUCACAGCCUCAGAUUUUUUCGAAAUCAACAAAAGCACGUUUUUUGGGAUUAUUAGUGUGACUACCACUUAUUUAAUUAUUUUAAUCCAGUUUAAAAAUAGCUAAUUGUGCUAUUUUUGGGCCGUUGUGUUUGCAAUAAAAUAAAAAUACUCACAAAU